CGUCACACCCGCAAGCUCAACAGUCUUCAAGUGUACAGCUGAUCGAGAGACAAGGCUGAAGCAACCGCGUCGUGGUUUCCGGUUCACGACGGUUUUCUCUCAAAAUUCCCAACCGCCAUGAGCGAGUGACAGCGAGUGUCAGACGGUCACGAGAAUUUUCCCGCGUGUGACAUCAUCCGCGGCUUCAGAGCUAAUCGGAAUAAUUGUCGGGAUGUCGUCGAGAUAGCGGGACAAAGCUUUUUUUCUCUCUGGAGAACCGGACGGUCCAUUUAGAUACCGCACCUCCUUCUCCUCCCCACCCUCCCCUUCUCGUUUCGCCUGCGCCACGGAAGAUCGAAAGGUUCCCGAGCGAGAUUGCGAGCAUCCGAAGAUUUGGCCACACGAUUCACGAUUUCGAAGUUCCAACUGUCUAAAAGUCCUAAAACGGCUAAUAGAAACAGAUCUCCCGUAAAAUUAAACACUUCGAAGAAUAUAUAUGUAUAUUUUCCAAAGGAUUUAAAUAAAAACACACUCUUUGAUAAUCCAAGAGCCGGAUUCACUCACCCGGCUCACUCUAAUUUCUAAGUAAUUCAAUUGUCCGAAUUGGAGUCUAGGACUGAUAUCCUCGAAUUCGUAUAACAGACAAAUUUUACAGCUGUAUAUUUUAAAGUGUUGAAUUUCUUACUGAACGUUGAAAACUUUAAAUACCCGAAGAUUUAAAAACUUGCCAAUCAUCAAGUUGCCAAUUACCUACUUGAAAACUUCUGAGAAUUUUGAGGCGUUUAAAUAUCUGUGAGACUUUUACGAAAUUUCUCAGUGGAAAAAUGUGAUCAAAUAAUCUCGAGUUCCAUAUAUCCAAUAAUAAAAUCAUAGAGCUUCAUAAUCACUGGUCGAUGUUGGUAAAAAUCGAAAUAUCGACUGACAAGAAACGACAGAUUGGAAGCUCCUGCUCGUCGGGACGCUCGAUAACCACGAAAACCCUUUACAAUGGCCAACGAAAGGAUAUCGAAACAUUAUAGAACAACGUUACCAGUACCGGGUCACUCCGAAGUAAAUCUCUGCUCAAUGACGCUCCAGCUUGGCAAGGACAUCAGCAAGACCAGCAUGCCGGUCAUCUUCAACGAGCCCCUUUCUUUCCUGCAACGUGUCGCGGAAUACAUGGAGUAUGCCGUAUUGCUCAAACAAGCAUCCCAGCAGGAGUCACCGAUCUCGAGGCUUCAGUACGUCGCGGCAUUUGCUGUGAGUGCUCUCGCUUCGAACUGGGAGCGCUUUGGAAAACCUUUCAAUCCAAUUUUGGGCGAGACGUACGAAUUGCAACGCGAAGACUUCCGGAUAAUAUGCGAACAGGUCUCGCAUCAUCCACCAGUGUCCGCGUUCUACGCUGACAGCGAGGACUUCAUCUUUCGUGGUAGCAUCCAUCCCAAAUUGAAAUUCUGGGGGAAGUCAUUGGAGGUGCAUCCAAAAGGAGUUGUGACAGUCGAAUUACCCAAAUGGAAGGAAGCUUACACUUGGCAAAAUGUCAAUUGCAUCCUUCACAAUGUUUUGGUGGGCCAAUUAUGGAUGGAGCAAUCAGGUCCUCUGGAAAUCAAACAGCACGGGGGGGAUAAUCUGAAGACUAAAUUAUGUUUUAUUAAAAGCACCCUGAACGGCAAGGACGUCCAUCGCGUCGAGGGGUUCAUAACAAAUCAAGAGAAAAGAAAAUUACUCUUUCUCUAUGGUCAGUGGACCGAGAUUUUACGAUCCUGUGAGCCUUCGUUGUACGAGGAGACGCUGGAGAAGAUUAAAUUGGAGGCCAAAAGUCCGCAGGGCAGUCCAGGGCACAAAAAGGUUCUGGCAAAACUCCACAGUCUCAAGGUCGGAGCUUUCAAGCCCUUGCAUCAGGAUGCAAUAGACGAGCCCUUUGGCAGUACGUUUCUUGACGACAUACCGAUUGUGGACGAGAUUCCAGGAUCUACCACAUUGUGGGAAGUUACGCCGAGACCCAGCAACAGUUCGGAUUAUUAUCAGUUCACAACGUUCGCCAUGUCGCUGAACGAGCUGCAGACUGAAAUGGAAGAAAAUCUAUGCCCCACCGACUCCAGAUUGAGACCAGAUAUUCGCAAGCUAGAGAACGGUGAUCAGGAUGGAGCUGCGUCUGAGAAAACUAGACUCGAGGAAAAACAAAGGAAUUCCCGCAAAGCACGCAAGCAGAAGAAGGGAAAUGAAUAUGUUCCUAGGUGGUUCCAAUCAGGCACGAAUCCUUAUACGGGCCAAGAAGAUUGGAUAUACCUGGGCGGAUAUUGGGACCGUAAUUACACCGACAUCGAGGACAUCUUUUAAUGAAAACAGAGCUCGUUAGCUUCCAUUAACUCAACCGACGCCCACGGAGGAGCGGCGAUUGGCCGUCGUUAGUGCAAAAUUACAAAUAAAUUGCCUAAGAGGACAGGUGCGUAGAUCGGUAAUAGACGCCAUUAGUAAUUGAUGUCUUUGUGUAAAGUAAAUUAAAAGCAGAUCUCGCUCGAGAUUAUUCGAGCGCCAAAUUGGAACUCGGUGAGUUGUUGGGUAUUUCUCUCCCACGCUCUUCGACGUAGGAAGAGAGCGAAUCGAAGAUACAAGCGAACAUGACUCGAAAAAUCAAUCUGUAAAGAUCAGAAUUUAUAAUUUUCAAACAUUCGAUUGCAUCAUUGGUUCGCGCUUCCUAUUUCCAAUACUAUUUUUAUAAGAGGCCAAGUUGGACGACUGGAAAGGCGAUUCUCUCGUAGUAUGCCUGCUUGAAGAAGCCAGUAAGAGACGGUAGAAACUGAUUGGAAGCUCGUAGGGCGUUCCUAAGACAACUUAUUUUAGGAACACUCUAAUCAACUUCAACGCAGGCUAUCGUUUCAGUCUAGCUAUCUCAGUUAAGCCAUCAAAUAUAUUUAUCCGCAUAUUAACCACUUUUCUAUCGAUCUGUCAAUUUAAUCAAGUUAUGUUUCGUCGUUUCAUACGAGAAUCGGACUUAAUUCUACCCGAGAGUAUUCUUGUAUAUUUAUAUCAAAACUAUACGUAAUAGAAAUAUAGAGAAAAUCUUAUAUAUCUUAUCAAUUGAGACUGCAUUCUGAAAUUUAGAUCGAAGAAUAGAUCUUUUUUUUUAACAGGAAAAAUAUGAUAGCGGACGAUAAAGGACUUAUCUAAAAGAUGUAUAUCCCAGAUAUACAUCUAAGAAUCCGACACUGCGAAUAUCAAAAAUAAUCGUAUCGAUUUUUUUUUAAAUGUCAUUUUAUCGGACUCUUUGAGCAGGAAUGUCGUAGAUUUUCAUGUAAAUAUACAGCGAUUGUAUAAUACCUCUGUCAGACGGGCCGAACGAAUUUUCGCGACAGCUUCGUACCAAUAUCGAGCAAUAAUUAUUUACUGUAAAACUUUAUGUGUUCGGAUUACUUUCGAUUUUCAACCCGGAAAAAAAAAAUCGCCGAACUUCAGCCAUUACGAGACGCCAUGUUGGAAAGAAGCGGGAUUUCAGGAUCCGCAAAUUUCAGUGCCAAGGAUCCCAAGGUUCACGGAAUUAAGGAAACUAGACCCGACGAGAAAAUGUGAAGAGAAAAUGUGAGCUACGGAAAGA